AUGCCUAUAGUAAAUCCAAUGCCUCCAUUUGAUCCUGACUCGGACGUUGGAGCAAAUAUUGGCCCCAAGUGGAAAAUCUGGAUGGAAGACUUUGAGAUGUACAUUACCGCGAAUGGCAUUGCAGACAAAGCCAAGAAGCGAGCGCUGCUUUUAUACCUGGCAGGCGCCCGAGUUCGCGAAAUUUUUCGGCAAAUCCCUGAUAAUGGAGAUGACAAAGACUACGACAAGGCGGUUGAGAAACUAAACGAAUAUUUUGAACCACAAAAACAUCGAUUGUACGAGGUGUACAAAUUUCGCGAGGCACGACAAGUCGUCAGCAAAACUUUAGGCCAAUAUUAUACGCGAUUGCGGAGUUUAUCUACCCGAUGCGAGUUUGCUGAUCCAGAUUUUGAAAUAAUGGUUCAAAUUGUCUUAUGUGGUCGCUCCAGUCUACUCCGAAAGCAAGUCUUACGUGAUCCCAAAAUGACAUUGAAAGACCUACUAGUUUUGGGCCGUCAAUGUGAACGAAGUCGUCAACAAGCUGCAGAGAUCGAGGAAAAUACAAGAAACAAUCAAACCGGUAUGAACGAUGACUCUGUUGUGGAUGCUGCUCUCAAUAUCCCUGCUGGAAAGACAUCGCAAAAAGUGAUUUGCAGGAAUUGUGGUUCUGAAUGGUCACACAACACGGUAAUAUGUCCAGCAAAGGGAAAAGGAUGCCGAAAGAGUUCCAAACUGAACCAUCUUGCGAGAUUGCGUCGAUCUGCGCCUGCGGUGGCGCGAGGUCAGCGGCAAGACCGUGGACGAUGGCAAGGACGUCACGAAAACAAACCUAUUCGGCCACUUAAUGUCUUGGACAAUGACAAUGAAUCAAGCGACUCAGACAAUUAUUGUUAUUCAGUUAACAAUACAACUUAA